AGCAGCCCUGGGGUUGCUCAAGUGUCACUGAGAGCAACAUGUGGCCAGCAGAGUCCCUGCUAGUCAUCACACUAAGUAGCUAUGACUGAAUACAUGCAGUUCUAAUGAAGAAGGUCCCAUUUUCACAUAGUCUGUUUUCACACUUAAAGGCUACUUAUAUGUGUGUGUAGAUAGGAAGAGUUCUAGGAGAACCCAAGACUGGCCAACAAAUUUAGCUCUAAAGUACCACAAUGGUAGGCAGAGACCGCCUCCCUCUGUGGCCUUGGGCAUAUCACUUAAUUUCUCCUCCACUAAAUCUGGGCUAAUAGGUACCCCAUAGGGCUGUUCCUGGUCUUAACUAAUGGUGGCGAAACAUUGUUUCAUCAUCAUUGUUUUUAGUCAUCCAUCUCCAAUUUACUAACAGUUUAAAUCUAAAAUGAUUUUAAAAACCAGGUGUCAGUGGCCUACUAAGGAGUUAAAUAGCACAGCUGGUGUUUGCCAAACUUAUUUUGUCACAUGGCUUGCCUCUCACGUGACUCACUCUUUGUUCCCAAUCUGAAUUCGUGGCAUCCCUGCAGGAAUGAGUUCCCACACCCUAUAUUGAAAAACAAGAGGAGGUUUCUGCUUCUGCUUCAUCUAAGUUGUGGAGACGCUCCCGGGAGGAGGACUAGAUGUCAGCUUUGCUUACAGGAGAGAAUGCAGCAAAGCGCUGAGAACGCCGAGGCAGAGGCCUGCCCAGAGUCAGAUCAGGAAGAUGCUUCCCCUCUGCUCAACCAACAGUUAUCAUUUGGGAAAGGCCUCUGCUCAGCUCGCUACAGCCUGGCUCUCAUCCUGCACUUCUCCCUCUUCAUGGUGUAUUCACUCCGGGUCAAUCUCAGUAUCGCCAUCGUAGCCAUGACGAACGGCACCAACCCGGGCAGCCUGCCCAAUAACUCCACGGACGUGUGUCCCAAUCGCUCCCACGCUCAGCCCAAUGACUCCCACCGAGAAUUCGCCCAAGAAGCCCCCGUGUACGACUGGAGCGCUAAGACCCAGGGCGUCAUCCUCAGUGCCUUCUUCUACGGCUACCUCUUCACCCAGCUCCUCGGCGGAUACUGGUCGGGAAUGUUCGGAGGGAAGCUAGUGUUGGGCUACGGGCUGCUCUCUACCUCGGCUCUCACCCUUCUCGUGCCGCUGGCAGCUAGCCUGGGAGCACCGUACCUCAUUGGGCUGCAGGCACUGCUGGGCAUGGCAGAGGGAGUGAUAUUUCCAGCCCAAUACACGCUUUGGGCAAAAUGGGCUCCCCCCUUGGAACGCAGCAGGCUCAUGAACCUCGCUGAAGCUGGAUGCACUUUUGGGACCUUCAUCACCUUCCCUGCAGCUGGGAUCAUCUGCCAGUACCUGGGGUGGCCUUACAUCUUCUUCAUCUUCGGUGGCAUUGGCUGCGUUUGGUGUGUGUUCUGGUUCCUUCUCGUUUAUGAAGAUCCUUCAUGUCACCCUCGUAUUAGUGCUGGCGAGAAGGAGUACAUUGUGUCAUCACUGGCUAAUCAGGGCAGCUCUCACGGACGCUCCCUUCCACUCCUGGCCAUGAUGAAAUCACUGCCUCUUUGGGCCAUCGCAGUCGCCUAUUUCUGCAAUGACUGGCUGUUCUACACGCUGCUGACGUCAAUGCCAACGUACAUGAGUGACGUGCUCCACUUUGACAUCAGAGAGAAUGGGCUUCUCUCUGCACUUCCUUAUGUUGGGAACUGGCUGGGUACCAUCGUGUCGGGGCUGCUGGCAGACUUCCUCCUGUCCAAGCACAUGUUCAGCACAGCAACGGUUCGGAAGCUCUUCUCGGUGCUGGGGAUGUUGCUCCCAGCCAUCUCCCUGGUGGCCGUGUCCUACGUCGGCUGCGAUUACACGGCAGCUGUGGUCUUUCUGACAUUGUCCAUGACAGUAAUCAGCAUGUGUGGGGCUGGCUUCAACAUUAACCAGAUCGACAUUGCUCCCAGAUACGCUGGGUUUCUGCUGGGAGUCACAAACACCUUCGGAACGGUCUCAGGAAUAAUUGCUCCCACUGCAGUUGGGUUCCUCACCAGCCAGGACCUCCUGACUGGCUGGAGGAAUGUCUUCUUCGUGUCAGCGGCCCUAAAUCUCUUUGGCCUGCUGUUCUAUGUAACCUUUGGCAGUGGAACUAUCCAGGACUGGGCUAGAGAGGAUACUGCUCUCCAAUGAAAUGCCAAGGCAUGCUGCCAGGAGAAGAAUAUGUAACCAAGGCAGGAGUUGGAAAACACCCAAGUGAACAUAGAUUAGUCAAGAAAUCCCACUUCUCGUUCCAGCCAGUUAUUUGGAUACCCAAAUAACAUGAGCCAUUUGUUUUCCCAACCGGCACACCCAACUCUUGAAUCUGUGCCCUUUUCUCACAUCCUUCCUCAGCCUUCGCUUGACCCAAAGCACCACUGAAAUGCAUGUGUGUGCGCAAUAGAUUUGGGAGGUAGUGUGUCCUAGUGGAUAAAUCAGUUUGCAGCUCAGACCUGGGUUCUGUUCCCAGCUCUGCCUCUGGCCUGCUGAGUGACCUUGGGGAAGUUACUGUCCCUCUCUGGCCAGGUUAAUAGGGAAUGUACAGAAGUGAGGUAUUUUAGAGUGUGACUAGCCAUAAUGGGCCAUCCAGCGGAAGAGGUGGAGUCGAGGAGCAUUCAUGUAUUAAAUUGGAUGGUCCUCUGCAAUCUAGCAGGCCCUGCCUAAGGACAUUAAGCACUACUGGAAUAACAGCUGCUAGGUCCUUGUUCAGUGAUUAUACCAGCUGAUCUGUAAUAGCUACAAGUGGUUGUAGCAGGAGGAAUGCCCCUUUAAUGGCUCGGAGAUGGGGGGCAAGUCAGCCCUCUUCAGUUAGCCCUGCUACACCUGUGCCAGGUGUGGGAGGGACUUAGAAGGACGAAGCCUAGCAGCUGAGGUCUGGAACUGACUGAGGCCUGCCAGAGGCCCUUGGCUGGAAGGUGGACCAGGAGCUGGGGUUAGACUGGCUGUUGCUGCUGGGACCCCACCUAUAAAGAGCCAAAGGUUCUUUUGAUGUUGUUUUUGGAUGAGGCCAAAGGGGCCUGGUAGGAAGGCCAGGUCACAUCUACAACAGGAGAAGGCCAAAGACCUUGUGGGGAAAUCAAGGCAAAGUGGCUGUGAUGCCCCACUACCUCAGGAGGGGAGCUCUGCAAUGGUGAGUCUUGUCCAGGGGACUCUUACGUGAGCCUAUC